GCUCCAGGCCCUUGGGUCCUUGGCGAUGGACCAGGGUGAGCUUGCUGUGAGCUCGGCCUGUCGUAUCAUUCCUGCAGUAAAUAUUAGACAAGCCUCCAAUACUCUGCGCCGAAGACCUGCCCGUCCAAAAGCCGCCCACGCGAGGCCAGGGUAAUUAUUGAGUAAGACGUCGAUGACGAUCCUCAUGUCCCAACGUAGGGAGAUACCUACCUACCUACAUGAAGUAUCCGAUACCCAGAACUGACAACGGCCGAGACGAGCUCAAUAUUGGCCUGGGGUCAUGAGAAGUCGCAACAGGGCCCUGAUUAGAGCCUGCUCGAACGCCCUUGGAGCCGGAUACCUUUUUCUCUUCUCUAUCAGCUCUUAGGGUGGCAUAGGGGGCAAGCCAUGGCCGGCACGCAAUCAGGGGGACGGAAAGACUGGAAUGCAACUUUCGGCAUUUUCAAAGCCGGGUAGUAUAGCGCGCUUACUAACAAUAGACCGGCUCAAACGGCAUAAUGAGACGAGAGGUUAAGAGAAAAAGAUCUGAGAGGCUGCAGAGAGAAGGAUGCUGUUGAGAGUCUUGUUCCUGUCCUGUUGCCGCCAACUCGCCUCCCAUCACCAGUCUACAUCCCUUGCAGUCCCAACAAACCCCUAUCAACAUGCUGCAAUACGCAAGCAGCGCGAUAAUCCUACUGGUGCUCUUUGUCGCCUGGACAUUUGCCAAGUCCAAGUUGCGGAAGCGGCGUAAUAAUGCUAAGGCCGCUGCGUUGGGAUGUCUUCCGCCGCCAGUGCUACGCAGCACGAACCUCAUCGGAAACUCCGUCCUCCGGGACUCGAUGAAGGCGACCAAGGAAGACCGCGGGCCGCAGUAUGUAGUCGACAAGAUGAAUAGCCUCUCGCUCAGUUGCCAUACCCUGAGAGCGCCUAUCAUCGACUACGAGAUCAUAGUCACGCGCGACCCGGAGAACGCCCGCGCGCUGUUCACGAGCCCCGACUUUGAUAUCAGUCACAUCCGCCAGCUCAGCUGGAUGCCCCUUCUCGGCAAGGGCAUCUUCACCAGCACCGGCGAUAUAUGGAAGCACAGUCGCGCCCUCCUGCGCCCUCAGUUCUCCCGCGAGAUGAUCAGCGAUUCCGAGCUUGAGGAGCAUCACCUCCAGAACCUCUGGAGUCGGCUGACCGUAGACGCCGAGAGUGGGUGGACGAGCAAGGUGGACCUCGCUCCGCUCUUCUUCCGAUUCACCCUCGACACAGCGACCGAGUUCAUCUUCGGCCAGUCUGCCAACUCGCUCCAACAAAACGAGCGACAGCCCCAUAGCAAGCACGGUAACAAGUCAGGGGACCUCGCCCAGCACUUCAACGCUGCCAAGGUCUGGAUAGACCAGCGUGGCGCGCUGGCCAAGUUCUACUGGCUUAUGAACAGCAAGGAGUUCAAGGAGCACUGCGCGGCGAUCCACGCCUUCGCCGACGGGAUCGUCGCGGACCGGCUGGCGCGGGCGCCCGUCGAGAAGUCGCUCGACCCCGAGCAGGGCGGCCGGUUCAACCUGCUCAACGAGCUAGCGAAAGAGACGCAGGACCCGCGCGAGCUGCGCAACGAGACGCUGCACGUGCUGAUCGCGGGGCGCGACACGACGGGCUGCCUGCUCGGGUGGGUGGUCUACUUCCUGGCGCGACACCCCAAGGCGUACGCGCGGCUGCGCGCCGCCGUGCUUGAGCAGUUCGGCGAGUGCCCGCCCGCCGAUAUCCGUGCGCUCUCCCAGGUGCCCUACCUGCAGUGGGUCAUCAGCGAGUCCCUACGCGUCGCCACCGUGAUCCCGCUCAACGAGCGCAUUGCGCUGCGCGACACGGUGCUACCGCGUGGUGGUGGGUCCGAUGGCCGUUCCCGCGUCUUCGUUCCCAAGGGCACGCAGGUCCUGAUUGCGUUAUACGCCAUGCAGCAUCGUCCCGACAUAUGGGGUCCGGACGUCGAGGUGUUCCGGCCUGAGAGAUGGGAGACGCACCGCCCGGGUUGGGAGUUCAUUCCCUUUGGCGCUGGCGCCCGCAAGUGUCUCGGUCAACAAUUUGGGCGGCAGGAAGUUAGCUACGUUAUCGCACGGUUCUGUCAAAAGUACGACCGCAUCGAGAACAUGGAGGAGGGUGAUGGCGAGAUUCGCUUACACCAUGCCAUCGAGAACCGUUCAGGCACUGGCGUUCAGGUCCGGCUCCAUGAGGUGAAGCCCUCCACGUGAAGCUGUCAUUGGUGUUUCAGCAAGUCUGCUUCCUCCUCCUAGCUCCUGUAUUUAUCUUGUUUCUUGUUAUAUAAUUCCUAAUAUCGGGACUACAAGUAAAAUAGACCAAUGAAAUAUCGAUAUGGCAUUGUGUUUGGAUUGAGAGUUGUAGUUGGGAGUACACUGGUUGACGUCGUCGUGCUUUCAACCUUUUUUAACUACCAAUCUCACCCUCAAGCAUUCUCAACCCAUGGUUAUCACUCACGAUCAGCACUGUAAAACAGCAUUCUAUUACCAAUAUUCUCACCCGAGACGUGAUACCAGUGUUUCUCUAGUCCGAGAGUAUCUCCGCU